AUGCCGCCGCUGUCGCACUUCUGGGGGCACUUUUUCCCGCCCAAGCCGACCUUCACCGAGGCGAACCUGUCCGUAGACCUCUACGGUAAGGUUUAUGUCAUCACUGGCGCCAACAGUGGCAUCGGAAAGGACAUCGCCCGCCUUCUGUACGCCAAGAACGCAAAGGUCUACGUCCUAUGCCGCUCUGAGAACAAGGCGCUUAAGGCCAUCCAAGACAUGGAGAAGGCCUUUCCAGACUCAAACGGCGCCCUGAUAUUCAUCGCCUGCGACCUCGCCGACCUGAAAAAUGUCAAGACCGCCGCCGACGCCUUCCUCACCUCACCCGCGAGCAGCGCCUAG